AGAAAACGUUGGUCCCUGGGCAGAAGACCUGACCGACGCCGUGAGGACAGAGCCUGCCUUCUUCUCCUCUUCUCUUCUCGGUUUCCCGCUCGAAAUUCCCCCAAUUCUUCUCUUCUCUUCUCGGUUUCCCUGCCUUCUUCCAAUUCAGUGUUGAAAUUGCCCCAGCCGGCCGUCGGAUUUCUUCCGAGAAGGCCGAUUGUUGUGAAGAUUUCUUCCGAUUGCCCCAGCCGGCCGUGAGAAGCCCGAUUGUUGCACAUGGGGAGCAGCUACAAAUUGCCCCAAAUCGAUCAAACCCUAAAUCGCAUGGCUGUCGGAGAGUCCGAGCCCUAGCCGUGAUCGAUUAGCAAUGGGAACCUUCUUAUUCUCUUCUGCUCACUUUGCUGCUGCUUGAUUCCGGAUUUGGCUUCAAAGUAAUCGAAGAAACAAGCUGCCGCGAGUCCUCAAAUCUCACUGCCUUCAAUUUCGAGAUCGUCAGGGAGUUCAAGCUCUUUACGGGUUUCCUGAUGGACACUGGGAAGUCAAAGUUCCUGAAGAAAAAAUGCCACCCAAAUUUCCGGAACCCACGAUCAUCAUUAACGUUCCCAAAGAUGAUAAGCCGUUUGAAGAAUGGCUAUCCAACGUUGCUGCCUUCAGUGAUGCAUGGUUGCUUUCUGUGAUGACCCACUGUGCUAAAAGUCUCAAGUUUAGCAAGGCUGAUAGGGGAUGGCUUUUCAGUAUGAUAAGCAAGCUUCCAACAGUACUUGAGGUUGUGAAGGAGGUGAAGCCAGCACCAGCAGUCUUGAAUAAUAGCAGCUGCCAUACUGGCCCUAACUCCGAGAAUCAAAGAGAUUCAGAACCGCACAGCGAGAGCCAUCUGGUAGCUGUUCAUCUGAAGCCUGAGGAUCAGGAUAAGUCGGCAUUGCAAGAAGAGCACAAAGAUGAACCUGGAGGAGAUAGAUGUGCAAUCCCUGGUGGGAAUUAUAUUUGGAGUCUGUCCUGGAUCAUCUGUAAAGUUUGCAAGAAGUGGGUGCGAAUGCAAAAAAAUUGAAGAUUCAUGAGUGCCGAGAGAAGAAAACUCCACCUUGAGAUAUUAUGAGAUGAUUCUUUUCCUCACGUUGGUAGGAGUAUGAAUCAUGAAGCGAAUGGCAUUGUCAAGAGAUGAGAAUUAAAUUCUCAUUGAUGUUUAGCAGUCUCUCCUUUUUUCCUAGUGCGGUUCCAGUAAAUUAUUUUGACAACUGAAAGGGAGUUAUUUUCAUUUCAUAUUUCUCACAGUUGUAUCAAUGAUCAAUUUACCGAGAUGCAUAGCACAAA